GCAACACCACCAUUCUCCAGGUGAGAAAUCGCUCUUUCUCGAUAGAUUUAGUCGCAUUUUAGUCAGCCGGUGCCGUUAUAAUCCCCGAUAGCCCUGGGCAUGAGUACUUUCUUUUAGAAGGACGCCGAGCCAUUCAGAAUAAUAAGAAGGGUGUCCUCCUUCCGAGGACAGUCACCGCGCAAGCCCUAAAGCUCACUGUCCCAACCCUGCGCUAUAUGCUCCUUUCUCAUUCCACUACCCUUUGCGAUGCACUCUUUACUAUAUCUAUUACUUCCAAGGUUCUUUCCGAAUUACCUCCACUGCAGUCUCCACCUCGCCAUCAAAUUAACGGUGUCAUCUAGCCUACCCGUAUCCGAUAGCAAGCAAAACGAUGGCUCCUCCAGUCUCCUAACUGAUGCUAUCUUCUCCGAGCCUAUUGACGCUUUCUGCGAGAAUCCCUGGACUCCCUUCUCUAAAUCGUGCGCGAGUCCCGCAUCUGUGUCUGCAUCACUCCAAUAUGCACAGCUCUGUGACAAUUUCAGCGCAUUUAAGAGCGAUCACUACCUUUGGUCCGAUGAUGACACUGUUGUCUGCCCUCACGAUCUGGAGUUGAACGGAGUCGUCUGCACAGGAGAUGCCGCGAAGGGGACGUCGCUCACGUUGCGAUGCGUCAACAACCCCCGAACCGACGCGACCACCCCCGAAACCCCCAGGAACGAAAGCGAAUACCCCAAUCUAGGCCUUCAUCACUCCUGGCAGCCAUCCGCGGGUUGCAAAAGCCAGAAAUCUGACUCCAGCGGACACCGCGGCCCUCAGACGAGCAUUGCUCCUAUCAAGAAAUGGCUAUCUAGCCAUGCCUCAUCUCCGUAUGCGAGCGAGGAUGAGGUUCUAAAACUUGCUUCAGUAACUGGCCACUCUCCUCGGCAAGUGCGAGUCUGCCUCAGUAAUCUUCGAGCCCGCCUGCUGAAGAAUACCUCAGAACCUCCCAACAUCGGAGCGACUUCUUACCACUCUGACGAUAUCGCUACGGCGCGCAGAGUAUCUCGGCCUUCGGUUCACGACUCAGAGGAGUCGUCUUUUAGCCCAUUUUAUUCCAGCUCAACGCCCGACGGAACCGCAGGCUUGCGCGCGGUGGACUAUCGAAGCACCCUCCCUCAGACAUCCGACCUGGACUGGCAGGUUGGGAGUAUCGUCAAUCUCACGGGCGCUGCUCCAAUCGACAAUAACCAACUCGAAGUCCCGUAUCAGGAUUGGCCUCUCGCUUCCACGGCCGCUCCGGCUAGGGCUAUCAAGAGGAAGGGAAAGAGAUGCUAUCGCUCAAGAUAUCCGACCAGUGCAGGUGGGCCUUCUACAUCCGAUGACUCCAGUGACAAUCUUCGCAAAUGCUCUGAAAGAUUCCACUGCACCGUAUGCACCAAAUCCUUCAAGGAUAUGUAUGGGUGGAAACGACAUGAAUCUGGCGUACACGACUUUCGCCUCACGGAGUGGACCUGCAUGCUCAAUGGUGUCUUGCUAGACGGGGUAGACUGCGCCUUCUGCGGGGAAGAGGUCGACGACCCCACCCAUUUCGACCGACACAGCAUCCUUAAUUGCUUGGACAAGGAUGCCACUCAAAAGACUUUUGCUCGGAAGGACCUCCUCAAACAGCACGUCCAGCAAGUUCAUCUAGCGAUGGCUGACGAGGCAACUAAGAAGGCUUUUCAAGUGCCGCACUGUUGGGCUAAGGACAUUGACGCUGCGGUUUCUAACCCCGCUUCGUUGUGGUGUGGCUUUUGUCAGGUUUCUUUGGAAUCGACGGCCUUGCGGAUGGACCAUGUGGUGGACCAUUUUCGAGCGGGUCUCGAUAUGAGUGGUUGGUAUCCUCAAUCCAUCGCGGAAGGUGGAUCCAACUGGUGAGAACGUGGGUAUACUGUAGAGGGAGCCUCUUUCGGUCCUUUCCGCAGGUGUCCUGGUGCAAUUGUUUUUAUUUGGGAUUUUGCAUGCGGAACGGCCUCGUUCUUCUCUUCUUAUACCUGACUGACUAGUCAAUAUUGCGCACCUUAUCAUCUCCAUGCUUAAAUUCUCU